CCUGAUAUAGAAUGACAGCACAUUGCCACAAUUUAAAUGACGCUGCCUCUGCCUCUUCGGAAGGACCAGUCCUCCAGAGAGCACCAGCCACAGCAACUGUCCACCCUUGCAAAAAACGUCUUCAUCAUGGCGUAUAAAGCAGCACAUUUGGCCUUUAAGUCACGCUGGCACAAGACAGACGAAGAACUCUGUCGGCACAGUAUGUCCUUUGUCUUGCAUAAGGCGAUCCGAAAUGACUUCUUUCAGAGUUACCUUUAUCUGCUGGAAAAGCUUCCCCUGGUGAAACUUUACGCUUUGACAAGUCAAGUUAUCAAUGGGGAGAUGCAGUUCUACGCCAGGGCCAAACACUUCUACCGGGAGGUGCCAGCCACAGAAGAGGGCAUGAUGGGAGACUACAUUGAGCUCUCCAAUACAGACAUUGAAUCCUCCAGGGAGUUUCUCAGGAAGUUUGUUGGGGGGGUGGGGAAAGCUGGUACCAACCGCGCCCUGGACUGCGGCUCUGGGAUAGGUCGUAUCAGCAAGCAUGUCCUGUUACCAGUUUUCAAGAGCGUGGAACUGGUGGAUAUGAUGGAGAAUUUCCUGGCUGAGGUCCCGAACUACCUGCAGGGCAAGGAGGACAGAGUAGAGAUGUAUUAUUGCAAAAGCCUCCAGGAAUUCACUCCAGCCCCACAAAGAUAUGAUGUCAUCUGGAUUCAGUGGGUUUCAGGAUAUCUGACAGAUAAAGAUCUCCUGGAGUUUCUCAUCCGGUGCCAAAAUGGCUUGAAGGAUAAUGGUGUUAUCAUUCUCAAGGACAAUGUAGCCAGGGAGGGCUGUAUCCUGGAUUGUCUGGAUAGUAGUGUGAUCCGAGACCUGAACAUCCUCCACAGCCUCGUUGAAAUGAGUGGACUCACCAUCCUACGAGAGGAGAGGCAGGAGGGAUUCCCUGAGCAGUGUGUCCCUGUCUGGAUGUUGGCCAUGCAGAAAGGCCCUGGCCAUUCCUGAUUGCAUAGUGAGACUGCAGAGACUGGACUAUGGAUGAACCGCAGGACUGGGAAGGAGAAAAGCGUCUACUAGAAUCCUAACCAUGCACUGCUACUACUACAACUCUAGGGCAGCAACUCCUAAAGGAUCAUGAGAGAAUUACAAUUGAGCCAGCUUCUCCAGGGAAUAGUCUGCUUCUAAAUCCUGCCUGCUUCAUCAUUCUCUCCAUUUUUAAAAGCCUUUCUAACAGCUCCUUGUCAGAUCUCUCUUUCAUUAAGGAGUCAAUACUGGACAAAACUCGACUAAUAGAAAAUAAUUAGGUCUGAAGUUUCUGUAGUGGCUAAUACAUUUUGGAGUGUUCUGUAUGAGGUGUUAACAAAUAAGACUGGUUUUUACUAUGUCACUUUAAUCUUCUUGGAAUUUAAGAAGGAUCUGUCAGAUCACUGAAGCAGGAAAUUCAAAUAACUUCUGGAAAACCUAACCCAAAUUUCGACUGUCAUCACUAUCUGUACUUUAAAAUAUUCAAACCAAAAAUGUAAGGGAAGUUUUAUCCAUUUGUUGGCAUCAGCUAUGCUGUUUAUUUAUUUUUUUGCAUUUCUGUCAGUUUGGACAAUAAGACAACCUGGUUAAUUUUCCAUUUUUAGGAACUACUUUAUCUUCCUGAUGUUUCUGCCAUAGAACAAUAGUGGUGCGUAAGGGUUUUCGCACUCCAGAGGAAAACUUAGAUGACAAAUAUAUGCAUGUUUGCAUUGAAAUUUUGUGAAAAGAUUGCCCCACAAAUUACAUUCUGGAAAAUAUUUUUUCAAAAUGUUCACAGUGGAAACCACUUUAAAGCUUCUCUUUAUUAUUCAUACCACUGUAAAUUUCUUUCUUUCCCACAUUCAGAACAAGUCUGGCACCAUAUGCAGAGCUAAUGGGAUUUCAUGGGGUGUUAGUAGUAAGACUGUAAGAAGAACUAAUACAGUAUUGUAUUAAUUAACAACUCUACUAAACUGCAGAGGGUCUUAGUGUAACCCAAAAGCAUCUAUGAUUUAUAUUCAAACAGCAGCUGUAUAAGCUGGGAUUUGAAAAUACUAACACACAUACCAUCUCCUUAAGACUCACAGAAAUUACACAUUAAGCUUCUUGUCC